GGGAUGCUCAUCAUCAGCAGGAACUGUCAGUCAUCAAAUUUGUGGCAAGAUUUGAAUGUUGCCGUUCAUCAGUGGUCUCCAUUCUUCACCUUGAUUGUGUAAAUCACUGUGUGAAAAAGUAUUUUUCAUGUUGUCGGUGACUGGUUUAUGGAAACUCAUUCAAAGUUGUUGAAAUUUCCUGUUUAUGAGAACUGACGCUGACGGCGAAGAGAUGGGAGGGGUCAAGAGAGGACGGUGAUGCUGUAUAAUAAGAGGUUUGUUAUGUUCAGGUGCAAAAGCUGAGAAGAAGAACAGAAGCACACAUUACCACACACUCAGCACACCCCCUGCGUGGAGUACAGGACUUGCAUGAGAUAUGGUUCUUCUCAUUUCAGUGACCCUGCUCUUAUCAGUAGUAUGUGGUAUAGGAGCAUAUAUUCCUCAUCACUAUCACUUUGUGAAUGAGAAUAAAACCUGGAGUGAAGCUCAGAAUUAUUGCAGAGAGAAAUACACUGAUUUGGCCUCCAUCAACGACAUGGGAGAGAUGAUGAAGCUGAAUUACACACUGAAGAUGAAAACUGUAAAGAAAGCUUGGAUCGGUCUAAAGAGAGAGGGCACUGGGGAAUGGCAGUGGUCUCUGGCAGACCAAACUUUCUACAGAGACAGAGACACUUACAGAAACUGGAACAGUGGAGAACCAAACAACAACGGGGAAAAUGAGUUCUGUGUUAAUAUCAGGAAAAGCGAUGGUUUCUGGAGUGAUUACAGUUGUAAUAAUACAUUCUCUUUUGUGUGUUAUGAAGAAAAGAACACAAACACUAGUAGAUACAUGUUGAUUAAUGAGAGAAAGACCUGGUAUGAUGCUCAGACCUACUGCAGAGAGAAACACAGUGACCUGGUCAGUGUGAGGAACCAAACUGAGAAUGAGGAGAUCAGGAAAGUGAUUAAAAGUUCACCUGAUUAUCUUUUUUGGAUUGGUCUGUUUAAUAACUCCUGGAAGUGGUCAGAUCAGAGUAAUUCCUCAUUCAGAUACUGGAGCUCUGACAAACCCAGUGGAGAUUUGAACUGUACUGCAGUGAAUGUGUCUGAUCAAGACCACUGGACCAAUGUGAACUGCAUAGAAAAACUCCCCUUCAUCUGCCAUGAGAAGAGACUGGUCUUGAUUAAUCAGAGUCUGACCUGGUGGGAUGCUCUGAACUACUGUAGGAACCAUCAUUAUGACCUGGUCUCAGUGCGCUCUGAGGAGACGCAGCUCUGGGUGAAGGAAGUGGUUCAAAACGCCUCCACCGAACACGUGUGGCUCGGCCUGCGUCACGACUGCGUCCAGCGUAUCUGGUUCUGGGUUUUUGGAUCGAUGGUCUGCUACCAGGACUGGGCCACGGGGAAUGGGACAUGGAAUGAAGACUGCAGCCAUGAGAGGAGAAGCGGAGCAGUGCAGUCUGGAGGAAAGCAGCAGUGGAUCGAACUGUCUGAGGGCUACAAACUCAACUUCAUCUGCUCUACCUAUGAUGAUAUGUUUUAAUAACAUGAAGACUGAAGACAAGCUGUGGUCCUCCAUCUGUAUCCAACAUCAGUAGAUCUACAGUACUGUCUCUUUUAUACUCUUGCUAUAAUGUAUCCUGUUUAUCCAGAUGUUUCAUUAUAUUUGUAAUAUGAUAUUCAGUAAAUUCCACUGUCUCCAUACAGCAUGACCUUUUCAUAUUCACAGAGUAUGUUACCUAUAUUAUACUUGCUUUUCUUAUUAAUAGAGGGUUUAGGGGCAAUUAAGGUGAAGUCUAUUUACUUGAUUUUAUACUACAGUGUGUUUGGGGUAUGCACAUUUAAUUGUUUUUCAUAAGCUUUCUCAGAAUAGGGAAAUAUACCACACUCAGGUCAUUUACACCCAUGCAGGAAGUUUAGAACAACUAGCUCCGCAAACAGUGAUGUUAAAAUGUUAUUAUUCAUGAUGGUUAUACAGGUGUCAUGUGAUACAUUUUUUUUUAUUUUCUGAAAUUCUCAUGUUUACCUUUUUACAUGUUGACAAAUAAGUUCAUUAUUGAGAUUUGUGCAUAAUUACAUGGUGAUGGUUUCUAUACCUGGAAUUUCUGAGCACUUGUUAUUGUAUGUGAGAAUGUAGACUGUAAUGACUGAAG